AUGGCGGGAUCGGUGGCCGACAGUGAUGCCGUAGUGAAACUAGACGAUGGGCAUUUAAACAACUCCUUGGGCUCUCCGGUUCAAGCGGACGUGUACUUCCCACGACUGAUAGUUCCAUUUUGUGGACACAUUAAAGGUGGCAUGAGGCCAGGCAAGAAGGUGUUAGUGAUGGGCAUUGUAGACCUCAACCCAGAAAGCUUUGCAAUCAGCUUGACCUGUGGUGACUCGGAAGAUCCUCCUGCAGAUGUGGCAAUUGAACUCAAAGCUGUGUUCACAGACCGGCAGCUACUCAGAAAUUCGUGUGUAUCUGGGGAGAAGGGUGAAGAGCAGUCGGCAAUCCCUUACUUUCCAUUCAUCCCAGACCAGCCAUUCAGGGUGGAAAUUCUUUGUGAGCACCCACGGUUCAGAGUGUUUGUGGAUGGACACCAACUUUUUGAUUUUUACCACCGCAUUCAAACAUUAUCUGCAAUUGACACCAUAAAGAUAAACGGGGAUCUUCAGAUCACUAAGCUCGGCUGA